UUAGUUAAAAAAAAAAAACUAUUGGUAUGUUUCUCAUGAAGUGAUUCUAUUUGCAUUGUUUCACAAUCACAUGCGAAUAAGCUCUUGCCAAUGGAAGUCAAGUAUUAUUCGUAUAAUACCCCUACAAGCACCAUUUUCCAAAUUCACAAAACAGGACCAUUUUCUCUCAGAAACCACAGAAAUCCACAUAAAAUCAAGCCUCCAAAAUGCCAUAAACUCAAAAUCAUCCCUCCAAAUACCCAAAAUCCUCCACCAAAUGAUCGAGACAUCCAUCCCUCUAGACACCCACACUUACCAUUCUUUGUUACUUCUCUCUAGAGAUAUUCUCUCUCUAAAGCAAGGGAAGCAAAUCCAUGCUAACAUGUGUCGCUCCAAUUCCAUCUCUAACAUCUUCCUUUCGAAUCGGCUCAUUGGAUUUUAUGUUGAAUCUCGGUCGUUAAUGUAUGCUCGUCGAGUGUUCGAUGAAAUGUUCAUGAAGAAUGUUUAUUCGUACAACACCUUGAUUUCUGGCCAUGUUAAUGAAGGCCUUCUAAAUCAAGCCCACCAGUUGUUCAAUGAAAUGCCAGAGAGAGACACCAUAUCUUAUAACACUCUAAUUUCUGGCUAUGCUAAGUUGGGCCACAAAGAAGAGGCCUUAGAGUUGUUUAAAUCAAUGGUUUUUGAAGGUUUAAGGCCCAAUGGGUUCUCAUUUACUAGUAUAUUAGGCACAUUUUCUAGCAUUUUAGAGACUAGGUAUGGUGCUGGUAUGCAUGGAUUUAUUACGAAAGCGGGGUUCGAGGGCAAUGUCGUAAUUGCAAACUCGAUAAUCGAUAUGUAUGCAAAAUGUGGUGAAAUGGAAAAUGCGGAGAAACUGUUUUGUAUUAUGCCCGACCACGACGAGAUCUCGUGGACUUCGCUGGUGUGUGGAUUUGCAAAAAAUGGGGAGUUUUGGAGAGCGUUAAAGAUAUUUCGUGAGAUGGUGAGGAGCACGAUGGAAUUGGAUACAGUGAUCUUUGCUAGUGUUAUCAGUGGAGCUGCGUGGUCUACUGCAUUGGAGGAGGGGACCCAACUCCAUUGUUUGGUUGUUAAAAGAGGGGUCGGAGGCAGUGUGUACGUAGGAAGUGUGCUUGUUGACAUGUACGCCAAGUGCGGGAAAAUCGAAAGCUCGAGUCGAGUUUUCGAGGAAAUGCAGGUAAGGAAUGUGGUCUCAUGGAACGCCAUGAUCUCCGGCUUGGCGCAAAAUGGACAUGCAGAUCGUGCUAUUCUAAUUUUCGAGAACAUGAAGACGACGAGGAGGAGCACAAAGCCUAACGAGAGCACCUUUAUUGCUGUCCUCACUGCUUGUUGCCAUGCAGGAUUAAUCAACAGAGCUAAGACUUACUUUCAAUCGAUGGUCGAAGAUUACGGUAUUGGCCCUAGAUUGGACCACUACUCAUGCAUGGCUGAUCUUCUAGGGAGGGCAGGGCACGUAAAAGAGGCGGCUGAACUGAUCACGAGUAUGCCCAUGGAACCUGAUGCUGUUAUUUGGGGAUCUUUGCUAUCUGCUUCUGAGAAAACUGGAGACGUAGAAAUAGCAGAAAAGGCGGCGAAAAUGUUAUUUGAAUUGGAGCCAGAGGAUGAUGGACCAUAUGUUUCUCUCUCAAAUGUCUAUGCAGGGGCUCGCAGAUGGGAGGAAGUGAAGGCUCUGAGGGAGAGGAUGAGAUGCCAUGGAGUGAAGAAGGGCGCAGGGUGCAGUUGGAUUGCUUUUGAAAAUGAAAAUUUUGAGUUUUCAACAUGAAAAAUAUGAAAAAAUGAAAAAUGAAAAAAGAAUGGUGGAUUUUGAAAAGGGUGCAUGUUUGUGCAAGGCUGAAGCCCUAAAUCCCCCCCUCAAAUCAGCACCUUUGACAAGAUGGAUCUAAAAUUAAUUUUCAAUAAUGACAAAAAAAUUUGGAACUCAAAAAAAUUUACGACACUUAUUUUUAAA